AGGAUUGGUGCAAUGUGAUAACUUAGGUGCUAUAAUCAAAGGGUGAUAUUAUAAGUCAUUUCAACGGAAGCGUUUUGUGUGUGUGUGAUAUGACGAUCAGUGCAGGCCUAUGGCUUAUCCACAAGCUUACCGCCAUGAUAUUUGGAAUUACUUUUGCCACAGUUUGUGCUCUAGCAUAUCUGAUGUUUUUCUCGGACGCCAUCAGAAAAACCUCAAUGCGCACAAACAUAAACUACGGAUCGCAUAUCAUUCAAGCCGGCAGAUUCCUUAUCUCAGAAUUUGGUGACCAAUAAAAGCAAAUAUGGAGUGACUGUUCUGUCCACAUACGGUACCGUACCCUCAAGUAAAGAUUCGCAUCCAGAAAGACGAAGAAGAGCCCGAUCUUUCGGCAGUGUCCACAGCUACCCGACACAAAACCUUGCAUACGCAGUCACUUUCAAGGAUGCAUUUGGAUAUUUGACGUGUCCUUCCCUGCAGCUGUACGAUAAAUUUAUUCUACGGUUUGCUUUCCGCACAACACAGUCCAGCGGACUAAUGCUAUUCAAUUCCGACUUGUCCAACUCUAUUUUAGCUUCGAUAUGGGGAGUGGAUUUCAGCGACAUAAAUUGUCGGAUAAUAGAAUCGACGACGACACAUGGCAUACAGUUGAGCUUGCAAGGUAUGACGUUCGGAGCAACGUAAUUAUUUCUACCGUUGAUAAAGGUGAAUUGACCGAAUUGAAAACCCAUCUGCCAGUAAUUCGUGGAAAACUUUCGAGAAAUUUCAACCUUGCUGAUAAAUUAUACAUAGGAGGAGCACAUGAAGAUAUAUUUUACCGCUGGAGAGAGCGAAUCAACUACCGCUUCGGAUUCCAGGGAUGCUUAGCCAACCUAUCUGUCAACGACCAACUCGCCACUGAUCCCUUAGCAUGUCUUAAUAAAACAAGUUUCCGAAAUACUACCAUGGGCGAUGUGACGGCGGGAUGUUUUACUUUGCCAACUUAUACGAAGCGAUGCAAUAAUCGGUUGGCAAUUGAUUCAUUAUAUACGGAUGAUGAACCCACGAUAUUCAAACACACACUCCCAAUGAGGGAUAAAACGUGUCACAAUGGGGGAACCUGUGUGCAGCUUUGGACCAGUCUGCGAUGUAUCUGCGAACUAACGGCUUUCAAAGGACAUCUUUGCGAUCUCCCCGGGACGGUCUUACAAAUGGUUUCAAGCGACAUGCCGCAUGCAAAAAACGGUAGCUUAAUCAAAUAUGACCCCGUGUGGCGAACAAACAGCUACGUGCUGCUCACCUACACAGAUGACGCAAGACAUACACUAAAGGAUGAAUUUGUUUUCGGCAUCCAGCUUGAUUGGAUUAACUCAAUUUUAGAAAUUCCUUCUGAAGACAAUUUGGAAAUGAUAUGCACUCUGCUUUAUGUAACAAACGAGAAACACGCGGGAGAUUUUCUACACGUGUACAUGGUAAGUGUUACAUAG